UACGCUCAACCCAAGUGUCACGACAGAAAAGGAGAAGCCGAGCAACCGGAAUACAGAUAGAGCUGAUCAAACGGGAAAGCAGAUGGUCAGAAUCGCCAGCGCCCGCGUUUAAAUUUAUAUUUGAAAGUUUGGCGCCUUGAAUCGAAAAUUGUUCAGUUUUGCCAACGUCCAAUAAACACUAAAGCACAAGCUUCAUAACUGAUAGUAAAGAUGGUCAAGCGGUACAAGGCAUCGCGCUCGCUGACGGCUAGCGACAAUUGCAGCGGCGGGAGCGGGAGCUACAAGGAUUCGGAACAGGUGUACUGUGUGGUUCUUCAUGUAGUGGAGGCCAUUAACUUUGUCGGCCGCGAUUCAAGCGAACGGGAUCGUGAGAAGAUAGUUAUGAACGCGGCUCUCAAUACCGUUGACUUUGAGGUGGAGGGCACCCAGUCGUCCACUGCCGAGACCAUCAUUUUCAACAGCAACUGCAUUUGGGAGUGUGACAUGGCCGGCAUCAAGCGCAUUAAAACAGAUCACCGCCCCGUGAAGGUCACCUUCUACGCCUGCCGUGGCGGCGGGCUGGAGAGGAAGACCAUCGGCAGCCUGCUGUUGCCCGUUAGGGGCCUUCCGGUGCUCAGUUCCCCGGGUACCCACAACGCCUCCCAGCUGAAGAUGUUCUGGCAUAAGCUCAUCUGCAUCAGUAGCGAGUUUCGCUCCCACAAGCCGGAGGUGCUCCUCAUUCUGGCAAUCAUCAAGAAGUCUAUCCUGCACACAAAGGACUUCGAUCACCUGAUGCAGUUUGCCGACAGCAAGUUGCCGCCCACACCGCCGAUGCAAUCGCCCGGUCACUCAAUCACUUCCAACAUGCUCCAGUCGCAGGCCAAUGUCUAUGUGCAGUCCUUGGUGCAACUGGGUCUGCUGCAAGUGGGCAAUGAUCCACUGGUGGACUGCGACAUCAUCGAGGUCGUGUUGCAGUUAAAGCAGCUGAGAAACGUGAGCAAGCUGGUCAGGUCCCUAAACGCGGGAAAGGACCCUAGCUCGGUGAUUUUGGUGUUCGAUUUUGUGGGCAACGUGACCAACAUUGAAUUGAAGCUAAAUGAGUCCGAUUCCUAUAUCCUGAACGACGUCCUGGGCCUCCGAUUCAAGACCUCGCUGCGCAGCAUGCGUCUCUACUUUCAGCGGAUCUUCUACCUACCCAUUAAUAUGUACAUGAAUGGCACCGCAAUAGCCAAUUAUCGAAUGGACUUUGGGAACUUGCUACCACCGGACAGUUAUUUCUCGGACAACAGGAAGUUCACCUGCAACGGCUCCUUUUCCUUCAACCGUUUUGGACGCAUGGACAGUGCCAGGGAGUCCAAGCCGCCGCUCAUGGAGUACGCAUUCAGUGUGGACGUCAAGACCAUUUUCUCGCGGCAGGAAACUGGUGCUGAUUCGGAACCAACGCCUUCGAUUCGCAGCGGAGUUUUCAGGGAGCUGCCGAAGGAUCGCAAGGAUCCGGAGGCAUCCUCCUUGUCCCAUGACACUGCCUCGGUAGCGAGCCUGAAUGUGGGUGCCGAGCUCUCGGCCUCGGAUGUGGGAUCUUGCGGCUCAGCUUCGCUGCAGGAGGAUGACCAUGACUCCGACGAAACGCCAGCGGACUUGCGCAAGACCCAGAGUCGUCGCAGGAAGUUUACGCGAUUGACAACGGGUGGUGUCCUGCCAGUUCAGGAGAGCGAGGAUGAGCAGGGUUUGGGCAAGAAGUUCUCGUCGCUGGUAGUGCGCGAAGCACUUCCAUCCGAGGGACGGAUAGAAGAGGCAUCUGCAAUUCUUGAAGUCCCCCCUGAUGUGGAAGUAGAGUCUCAAAUAGACGAGUCAGAGUUCGCAGCUUUAAGCAAUACCGCAAGGACCCGUCAUGAAAAUUUAGAAAGCAGUGGAAAAGUUAUUAACGAAACCACCAAGGGGAAGGAAGAAAAGAGGAAGUCCUCUUCCAUGGAGCGGCCAAGUUCACAAAAAAGGGAACCCAAAAUUUGGCCUCAACAAUCGAAGGAGUCGCUGCGAGACCGAUCUGCAUCGACAGGACGGGCUCUGCCCAAGAGAAAGGCACCAUUGCAGGAAACGGACUUUAUGGACGACCUCACAUCGUUGGAGCGUUUUGAGCGGCUGGAAGAGCAGUUUAAAAAGGAUGUCGAAUUCGAAUUGUUGACGGAUAUUAGAAUAAGACCUCGCAAAAUUGGAGGAGCAAUAGAGCCUAUGGAAAGCAAGCACAGAAAACCAACAGCUGAGGAUCUGUACUGCGAGAAUACUGAGUAUGUGGACAGCCAUCUAAACAUUAUCUACGAGGAGCAUUCACGCGAGUCCAUCCCAAAGAAAAUUGUUCGAAGGAAAGUAGUUAAAAAGGUUUCCAAGCAAGAACUCAGCGAAUUGCAAGCAGGAUCUGGAAUGGACAGGCCCACUAGAACGAGGAAUGGCUCUGCUAUCAAGAAAAAAGUGGACGAAUGCGGCGACUUUGAGAGUGCACAGCCAAAAAAGAUAGCUUCCUCGAGGGAAAAGCCCGGCAACGCUUCGCAAGCCGCGCCGGACAUGCAGGGAAGUGAGAUAGAUACGAGCGACUUAAAGGAUGGAGAUGUUCCCAGCAGCCGCAAUAAAAAGUCUAAGUUGGAUUUGAGCCUCCGUGCCCGAUGGGUCGAGGUGAACAAAGUGCAGGCGCAGGUCUUGGACGAGACCGAAAAGUUUCUGGAGGAGACCUGCCAGGCCGAGCUCAACGAGGUCCACUAUGAGGAUCAGCUGGCUCUCGGUCUGGCAAAUCCUCCGAAAGCUACAAAGAAAUUGGUGAAGGCCAGGAAACCGAAAGUGGUCCACGGCAGCGAACUCGACAGCUCAUAUUUGGAGGAAGACAGCCCCUCGUCUCAAGUCGACUUGCUGCCUAAAAAGAAGAGGACAGUGGCCGUGGAGCAGGAACACGUGCAGCUGGACUUUCGGAGCUCGGAGGAGUACAUAUCCAUAUCUGAGGUCACCUUAACAUCGGCAGAAAGUAUUGUAGAGCGGGAAAAUGUGACGAAAAAAAAGCCCAGAAGCUAUGCUCCGCCCGAAAAUGAUAUGGAAAUAAAUCUGGGAAAACCGUUGAAGAAGAAAGUCGUCAAAAGAAAGUCAUCAACAUCUUCGACAGUCGCGGGUUGCGAAAGCAAUGUUGACCCAGAAAUGGAGUUGCCUCAGUUGGUAAAGAAAAAAGUUGUCAGAAAAAAGUCCCAGCGCUUGGUGGAAGAGCCUUUGGAAGAGGAAGUGGUGCCAACACGGAAGGUGUCCUCUAAGAAAUUGGCGAGAAAGGGAUCCCAAAUAGAGCCAUUGGAAGAAGAAGAGGUUCCAUCGAAAAGGGUGUCUUCGAAGAAAGUGGUUGGAAAGAAAUCCCAAGAAGAACCAUUGGAAGAAGAAGUGGUUCCAACAAAGAGGGUAUCUUCGAGGAAAUUGGUUAGGAAGGAAUCCCACGAAGAACCUUUGGAAGAGGAAGUGAUUCCAAUAAAGAAGGCCUCCUCAAAGAAAUUGGUAAGAAAGGAAUGCCGCGAAGCGCCUCUGGAAGAGGAAGUGGUCGCAACCAGAAGGGUAUCCUCCAAAAUAUUGAUAAAAAAGGAGUCGCAGGUGGAACCUUUGGAAGAAGAAGUGGCUUCAACAAAAAAGGUGUCCUCGAAGAAAUUGGGGGGAAGGCUAUCGCAGGAACCCUUGGAAGACGAAGUGUUUGUAACAAGAAGGGUAUCCUCAAAGAAAUCAAUGAGAAAGGAAUCGGAAGAUUCUGAUGUGGAACUUACCAACGACACCGUUGUCCAGAAGCUCAAGUCGUGGCGCAGCCAGCAGAUAAAGCAAUUCGAGGAGGAGCUGGCCUGCCGUGAGCAGCAUUACAAAAGUCAGUUGGAAGAAAUGGAAUGUAAGGAGGCCAUGAUAUCGAAGCUGGGCAUGCCGGAAGAGGCCUCAUCUACGGCGCCACCCGGCGCGGACUACGAGGCGAAGUUUAACGAGCUGGAGCAGCACAUAUCCAAGCUGAAGGCGGAAAUGGAGCAGCAAGUACGGCUGUUUGAGUGCCGCAGUCAGGAGCUUCGGCAGGAGAACGUGCAGCUGGCUAUCGAAAAGUCGGAGCUGAAGGCCCGCAUCGCCACCAUGGAGCAGCAGAUUGGGAAGCUCCGUACCCAGGGAACGGACGAGGGCGACCUCAAGCAAGUACUCGGCGAGCUGAGGUCCCAGAACAGCCGGUUCACGGAUCUGACACGGGAGAAGGAGCGCUACAAAAAACAGUGGCGCCGGUGCGCCAAAAAGGUCCACGCCCUCAAGCUGACCAUGUACGAGAGGAGUGUGGACAGGGCUCGGGAUCGCAUGAAUAUCGGCGCCAUUGACCUCAAACAGAUCCUCACCAAGGACGCCAUGGACUUUGAGCAAGAGUAUGGCCCAUUUCGUCGAUCGGGCCCCUCACCCAGAUUUCCCGUAAACUCGAUGUCCGGAUCCGGUGACUACUCCCCGCCCAGUGGAAAGCGGGCGCCCCUUUUCAAACCGAAGAGCUGAGGCCACUGAAUGCUGUCCCAAGCCACAACGAAGUCCCUAUUGCUUUUACCAAAUUAACUGUGUGUCGAUUUUGUAUUUAGUUAAUUUUAUUGAUUUUGUUUGUGUUAUAUCUAGGAAAUAAAAAUGUUCAGACGGCUAA